UGCCUCCAAUUGUUUAAAGCUCUGAGCUUUUGGUGAGCUUCUGAACGCUUGAAACUCCACUGCGAUGGAGGCUUGCUCUCUGCACUCACCAAAUGUGACCACGAUUCCCUCCUCUUUAUCCCAAAGUAGGUUUGCAGAAAAACCCCUUCUGCUUGGCCAGACCCUCAAAUUUUCCAAUUCCAAGAGGUACCCAAAUGCUAGGAAGCUUGGAUUUCUUCAUGUCAAAGCUCAAGCUUCAGGCACCACAAAGUUCAGCUCAGAGAUAGUUGAGCCAGUUCCAGAAAAAGGAAAUAUUAAGAAUGAGAAUCUUGCAUUUGUUGCCGGUGCUACUGGGAAAGUUGGUUCACGAACAGUAAGGGAGCUUUUGAAACUUGGGUUCCAAGUCAGAGCUGGUGUCAGGAGUGCUCAGAGAGCGCAAACUCUUGUGCAAAGUGUUAAACAAAUAAAGCUCGACGAAGGGAUUCAGCCUGUAGAAAAGCUUGAAAUUGUGGAGUGUGACUUGGAGAAACCAGAUCAGAUUAGACCAGCAUUGGGCAAUGCAUCAGUGGUCUUGUGCUGCAUUGGUGCCAGUGAGAAGGAGGUUUUUGAUGUUACUGGACCAUAUCGAAUUGACUAUCUAGCUACCAAAAAUCUUAUUGAGGCAGCAACUGCUGCAAAGGUUAACCACUUCAUAUUGCUUACGUCUCUGGGAACAAACAAGAUUGGAUUUCCUGCAGCUAUUUUAAACUUAUUUUGGGGAGUCCUGAUUUGGAAAAGAAAGGCAGAAGAAGCACUGAUAUCCAGUGGACUUCCCUACACUAUAGUGAGACCGGGUGGAAUGGAGCGGCCCACUGAUGCUUACAAGGAAACUCAUAAUACUACCCUCUCAACGGAAGAUACUUUAUUUGGUGGUCAAGUUUCAAACCUCCAGGUGGCAGAGUUACUGGCCUCUGCGGCCAAAAAUCCCAGCCUUUCUUACUUCAAAGUAGUGGAAGUAAUUGCAGAAACAACAGCUCCGUUGACUCCCUUGGAGGAACUCCUCACAAAGAUACCAUCUCAACGUGCUUACACUUACACACCAAAGGAAUCAUCUGCGGCACCCACAGCUGAUCCAGAGCUUUCUAAGAGUGCCAAACCACCAACAUCUCCUACUACGUUGCCAAGCACCACGGAUCUUGCCACCAAAGUGAGUGAUACAGAUACCACACCUGCAGAAUCAGUAGCUACCCCUCCUCAGGAAGCUUCAAAACCUAUCAUAGAGAAAGAAAGCAUUCAGACAGAAAAGAAAGUUACAAGGGCUUCCUCGCCUUAUGCUUCAUAUGAUGAUUUCAAACCACCGUCGUCACCUUGUCCCACUCCACCUAGUACCCAAAAAGAUGUGGAAGUUGUUGAUGCUGUGUCAACAACCAUUUCAGAGGCACCAACCAGCACAGAAGGGAUAACAACUUCCGCGAAUGAGAUAAAAUCAGUCUCACAAGAAUUGCUAAUAACAAGCCCCCUUUCGCCUUACAUUGCGUAUGAGGAUUUGAAGCCACCUAGCUCUCCGAGCCCAACGCCAAGUGCUCCCAAGAAAACGUCUUUGGAUGCCUCAAUUCCGGUAGAAGUUGUCACACAAUCAAGUGGAGGUAAUGAUGUUCCGGAAGCUGAGACAAGCAGUGUUGCUGAAGAGGUUACUCCCUGCGAUUCACCUCAUUAUCAUUCACCCUACCACGUAUACGACGACUUCAAGCCCCCUUCAUCACCAUCUCCUACUCCUCCGAUCGUAUCAGUCUUCUCUGCCCCAGCUGCAAACAAUGGAUCCCCAAUCGAUACCUCAAACAGCACAGGGCAACUUCCAGCUGAAAAUAAACAAAGUGAGGAAGAGCAACAUACCAAACGAAAGCCAAGACCGCAGUCACCUUUUUAUAUGUAUGAGGAGCUAAAGCCUCCAACAUCACCAAUACCAGUACCAUCCCUAAAAUCCUAGAAAGUAUAACUGCCAUCAAUGUUUACGAGGUUCACAUAUUCAUGCAACUAAGCCCCCCACAUAACAGCAGCAUUGGAACAAAUGUGGACUUUGCAUCAGGGUGUUGGCAAGUUUGUUUUAAUGUUCAUGAAGAGGAAGCAACUGAAAUUGCGGGAGUAUUAUUCAUGGAUAUUCUAAUACCAACACUGUAUAUGUUACAGUUUUAUCUCUUAAAUGUUUCUUUUCUUCUUUCA